GGAAAAUCCAUUGUCUUGCAGUUUGCUGGAUGUCCUGCCAGAUCAUAUGAAUGCUGAGAUUGUGGCUGGAACCAUAAGUUCUAAACAAGAGGCAUUAGACUACCUCACCUGGACUUACUUCUUCAGGAGACUCGUUCAGAAUCCAUCAUACUAUGGACUGGACUUGGAUGAGGACGAAAAGCCAGAAAAGGCUAUAAAUUCACUCUUGUCCUCAACCAUUGACCGAGCUUUAGGUUGCCUUGAAGCUGCUUACUGUAUUGAAGUUUCUGAUGAUAACCGCACUGUGCAAACAACGCCUCUGGGGCGUAUAGCCUCGUUCUAUUACUUGUCACAUAAAACCAUUCAUCAGUUCCAAGAAAAACUCAAUCCUUCUCUUACCGUAGAAGAUUUCCUAGAUCUUCUUACUCAGGCCUAUGAAUAUGAUCAGUUACCAGUUCGUCACAAUGAAGAUAACCUGAAUGGGGAGCUAGCAAAAUCCUGUCCAAUUGAAGUUAAUGCCUACACAUACGACUCCUCACACACCAAAGCCCACCUCCUGCUACAAGCUACAAAUCCAUCAUACUAUGGACUGGACUUGGAUGAGGACGAAAAGCCAGAAAAGGCUAUAAAUUCACUCUUGUCCUCAACCAUUGACCGAGCUUUAGGUUGCCUUGAAGCCGCUUACUGUAUUGAAGUUUCUGUUGUUUGUUAUAGUUUUAGGAAGGCAGGAGAAUCCAAUGCCUCUCCAGAGGAAGGCACUUCUGACUUAGUUCUUUAUUUAACACCUAUCACUUUAACAGGUAACAUGGUUACAUAG